GGUUCCUCAAACUGGUGUUUUCCCGUCUCUCGUUCUGAAGCAGGAGUUGAUUCCAGCAGCUCCUCCCCCAGGAGGGAAACAGAAAGUGAAAGAAUUCAGAGAGGAAGACAAACACUCGUCCUGCUGUGAGAGACGGCAGACAUGGAGGACGGCUAUCAGCAGAUCGGAAGCGAGUCGGAGGAAGAAGUUCCAGCUUCUUGGAGGAAGUUCUCCAUCAUCCUGACAGGAAGAACAAACGGAGCUCAUCAGUCUGUUGUCAGAACCUUUAAAUCUGAGGGUCAAACUGAGGCGAGGUCUCCUGGAGACGCUGACUACUGUCUGGUUUUCUGUCCCGUCUCUUCUCGGGUCGGGACAGACGUCAGUGAGGCCAUGGACCAUCUUCCUGCUGGUAAAGACGCCGUUCUGGUGGUGAUGCAUCACACCUUCAAUCCUGAACAAGUGAUUCCUCCGAGCCGCAGAGUGGUGACAGACCAGAGAGUCCAGCUGACUCUGGACUGUCUGUUCCACCAGGACGAUCUGCUCAGCUGUAAACUCAACAGGAACAUGGAGAACGACAUCAGGAAGUUCUUCAGAGCCUCCCGGUCACAGGUAACAGAGUCACUGCUCUACUUUGAGGGUCGGGUCUCCGCUCCGCCGUCCGGACUCUUCCAGGCUCGGAGGACCAGGAUUCUCUUCAUCGUCGCAGGUAUGAUCCUUCUCCUCCUCAUCAUCAUCCUCCUGGCCAUCUUAAUUUUUCACCAGUCCGAUCCCCACCCUGGAGGGGAUCGGACAAACCAAACCGUCCAUCAAGCAGGAGCUGUGAGGACGUCGUCAGCUUAAUGACUGGAGGUUGAUCAGGUGAUGAUUGGUUGUAGCAGAGAGUCAUGAAGAGUAAGAACAUCUGGAUCCCAUCCUGUGAUGUUUGAAUGUAAAUUAAGAAGAUAAAAAAGAUUCCUUUUGACCGAGGCUCAUCUGUGGAAAUGACAUGUUUAAUUUAGUGUGACUGAUCACAUGACCUUCUGCUGGUUAAAACACUGCCUCCGUCUCCGUGGAAACGGGGCAACUUUUUUUUUAAAACACUCCGGCUGUUUCUCAGUUCUCAGUACAUAGGGUGACCAUACGUCCUCUUUUCCCCGGACAUGUCCUCUUUUUCCGUCCUGUCCGGGGCGUCCCGGCGGGUUUUUUAAAUUCAAGGAAAUGUCUGGGGUUCAUGUUUCUCAGCCCGUGAACGUAAACUGACCGGCGCUUUGCACACAGUACUGUGAUACUUUGUUGCACGACGUAAUUAUCGAGAGGCGUCUUGUGAGCCGAUCUGCGCCACGCACUCACACACACACACACACACACACACACACACACACACACACACACAAACACACACACACACACACACACACACACACACACACACACACACACACACACAGACGGAGCAGAGCAGACGGGGCUUCAGACAGCGUAGUGCUUCUUCUUCUUCUGUGGUGUUUAACGGCGGAUGGCACCAUGUCAACAGGCACAUUAGCGCCUCCUCUCGCUACAGAGUGGGAUCAGAGAACAAUCUAAAUUCUGUUUAUUAACCCCGUUAAUCCAAGGCAUGAGAUCAAUGCUUUCCGACUGUUUACAACACUGUUUAUGGAGAACUGAUGGAUUCCUUCUCUACUUAAUUCGACAGCGGAGAAAAAGCCUCAGCUUCAGAGCAGCUUCUCAGAUGAACUGCAAAAAAAAAAGUUCCAACAUACCGAGAUGAAAAAUAGAAUGUAGAAGAAAAGCAGGAUGAAGAAAACAAAGAUUAAAAGUAUAUAUCCUUUUUGUUUGUUAAGUUGGUGUUUUGGUGAGACUCUUAUAUUCUUCUAUCUUAUUACAGUUAUGAAGAAAUAUAUUGUUGAAGCUGGAUUUUCUAACAGGAGAUUCAUAUUUAGAACAUUAUUUAAUAUUUGUAAAGAGCCUAAGAGAGCUACAAGCUUUUACAUUUCAUUUAUGUUGUUAAAGAAGGUAGUUUCGCAUCAUUGAAGCAUAAUAAAGUAUGUUCAUCAACCCCUAAGAAGCCUCGUGCGCCUCCUCCGUCACUGUCAGGGUUCCCCGUGUGAUGAAUGAAUGCAGUAAUUAUAUGUGUGUGUAUAUAUGUUCCCACUGUCAGUCUUCUGUUAACUCUGCUUUAUUUCUCGAAUCCAAUAAAUCAACAUUAAACUGUCCUACUGACAGCAACAACCUGACUUUGGAGGUUUU